GCAAUUACCAGCGACCGUGGACCAUGAUUCAACCGUGGUUGGACGCAACUGACUCGCUAUCGUAUUGUUUUUAAACGCGUAGCUGCGUCUCGAAUCGGUCAAACACGCCGCGAUACCGAUUCCGCGGAGCAGUUGCAUUCACGCUCUGUAUGGCGUAACCGCUAAUUGCUUCUGAACUUAUAAAAAUGGGCGAUCGUUGGGGCGGCCAGUCCGCGUUGAACAUGCUUCGACGUAUGUUCGCUGUUCUGCCUCUGUGGGGUAUUAUAGCACUCUGCAGCGCGUCUGCCGUCCGUCGGAAUGUCGAUCUUGGAGUGGCGAGUACGAUCGAUUGCGGGAAGGAUGGGAAUUCGACAGCUUGCGCGUCGAGGGUACAGGAAGUUGAGUCUGGGAGCAAUAGGACGGUGUUCAGAGUGUCCAGGGGGCUCGAUGGAGGAUCUCUGGGAUACGGAGACGGGGGAGUCGAAGAGGUCUCCUCGCGCAAGAAGAAGAACAGAGGGAACUGGAAGCUGUUGGUCUACUUUCUCGGAGCAGGGAAGCUGACGAUGCUUUAUAUUCUCAUUCAUGCUGUCGCUGCGGUUGCUGGAAAAGCUCUGGUCGUUGGAAAAGUCGCCCUCGCCAUUGCCACUGCGGUCUUGCUGAAAAAAUCACUAGAGCACAAGGAGAAAAUUUUAUACGAAAUAGUCAAACAUCCGCAUUAUAGCUACGAACACACGCACAGCUCGAGCGUGGACCUCGAUCAUAAUGGUGGAUUUGGUGAACAUGACUUUGGCCACAGGAAACGACGAAGAACUUACAUAAAAUGAAAAAAGAUUGCAUGUAACUGAAACGAUAUAAGAAAUUAUCUAAAAGUGUAUUCUUAAAAUUCAAAUUUAUUUCAAUGGUAUGAAAUAGUAUGACAUUGUUAAUAAACUAAAUAAAUAGUAAAACUGUGCAGACUGAAUAAAUAAUAGAAAUGAUAUAAUCAUAUAAAAUGAAAUUGAUCAAAAUCAAUAGUGAAAUUAUUAUGAAACCUAUGGAAUAAAUGGGAUA